UUCCUGUCCGAAGUCUUAAAAGGCUAAGGACAAUAGCGUCAUUUAGGAAGGACACUCUCAUCAACAGACAACUACGGCUAUGUAUUUUCGUGGCCGCCGUGAAAAUUCAUGGACGGUAGUCCCACUCUCACGAGUUUCGAAGUCUCAAAGUUUUGAAGCUUUAUAUGGUGUAGCCGAAAGAUAAGAGAAGAAGAGCUCCUUCCUCGCUUUAUUCUACUACAACUUAAACUACCGCUUCCGUCUUUGUUCUCUAGAACAUCCAAGAACCAACCCAGGGAAUUUCCUAUUAUUUUAUUGCAGUUCAGUUUUUCAGAUUAGUAAUGGGUGAGAAGGUUAAGAUUAGCCUUGUGGUCAUUGGUCACGUUGGCUCUGGUAAGUCAACUGCAAUUGGCAAACUUGCCGACGAGCUUACAGUUAGUACCAGCGGUUUCGUGGACAGGGUUCUUGAGCGAGUUGCUAGGAGUUUAUUCACGUAUGCUUCGCCGCUUGACAAGCUCAAGGCUGAACGUGAGCGCGGUAUCGCUACUUCGUCGUUGAAGUUUGAUACCACCAAAAACAACAUCACGGUUACUGAUGCUUCGGGGCACCGUGACUUUAUGAAGAACAUGAUCACAGGAACUUCAAAGGCGGACUAUGCUGUUAUCUUUAUUGAUAGCACCCCUGGUGGUUUUGAAGCUGGCAUGUCAAAGGAUGGGCAGACACGUGGGCAUAUGGAGCUUGCUCACACUCUUGGUAUCAAGCAAUUGAUCUGUUGCUGCAACAAGAUGGAUGCCACCAUUCCCAAGUACUCAGAGGAGAGGUAUGAUGAAAUUGUUAGGUCAUUGUCUUCAUACUUGGAGCAGAUUGGCUUCGAUCCUUCAAAGAUCCAUUUCAUUCCCAUCUCUGGGCUUGGAGGUGAUAAUCUGACUGGAAGGUCUACCUACCUUGACUGGUACGAUGGUCCAACUCUCCUUGAAGCACUUGACGAGAUAGGGGAGCCUAAAACACCCUCUGACAAGCCUCUUAGGCUCCCAGUUCAGGAUGUUUACAAGAACGGAAUUGGUACUGUCCCAGUUGGUCGCAUAGAGACUGGAAUCCUCAAGCCUGAUAUGAAGAUCACCUUUGGCCCAACUGGAGUCACUGCUAAAGUCAAGUCUGUUGAAAUGCAUGAUGAGGCUGUCCUAGAGGCCUUCCCUGGUGACAAUGUUGGCUUCCAUGUAAAGAAGGUGGAUGCAAAGGAUCUUAAACGUGGGUAUGUUGCAUCUAACUCAAUAGAUGAUCCUGCCAAGGAGGCUGCUAGCUUCACAUGCCUUGUCACUAUCAUGAAACAUUCUGGCCUGCUUUUUAAUGGACGUACUCUAACUCUUGAUUGCCACACCGCUCGUGUUCCUGCCAAGAUUGUUGAAAUCUUGAGCAAGAUUGAUCGAAGGUCUGGUAUGGAGAUCGAGAAGGAGCCUGAAUUUCUGAAAAAUGGUGAUGUUGCUGUUAUGAAGAUGGUUCCCACUAAGCCGAUUGUUGUGGAGGCUUUCUCUGAUUAUCCACCAUUGGGUCGAUUUGUUGCUCGUGACGGGAGUCAGACUGUUGUUGGUGGUGUUAUUAAGAAUGUUGAGAAGAAGGAAUAUCCUCGUGGAGCAAGCAACAUGAAAUUUGAUGCAAAGGAGGCAGCAAAACGCUCUGGAGCUGCUCUGCGUGGUAUGCUGCCACUGCUGGUAAUUGGGGGCCAAUGUUUCCUUGGCGUAGGUGAAAAUGAAAUGUAGAUGAUAGAAGUGCUUUCUUUUUUGGCUGAAAAAGAACUGCAUUUAGCAUAAUAGAAACAGUGGUGCUGUUUUGAAUAUGGGUGUUUGCUUUAAUAAAUAAUAAUGAAAGAAAAAAAAAGAAAGUUUGCUCUGUUUA